AUGUCGUCCUCGUCGACCGAAAUAGCGGAAGUCCCCACCCAGAAAAAGCCCGACUACCUCGAAAAACUUCAGCUACCGCAAGUGACAUUCCGCGCAACCAUAGUUGGUCUAGUCAUCGGCUCCAUAAUCCUCAUCUCGAACUUCCAAUUCGGCCUACAGUCGGGAUGGGUGUCAAUGAUGUCGCUACCGGCGGCAUUGCUCGGUUUUGCCGUGUUCAAACUCACCCCGUGGAGCAAGAGUUUCACCGACGUUGAAAAUGUCUAUAUUCAGAGUAUCGCCGUUGCCGUUGGCACGGGUCCCUUAGCCUACGGGUUCAUUGGCAUUAUUCCAGCCAUUGAGAAGUUCUUGGCUCCCGAUGAAUCCGGGGUAGGCAGACAUCUCACUUUUUCAACAACAGAGUUGAUGGUUUGGUCAAUGGGGUUGGGGUUGUUUGGGGUGUUUUUCGCCAUUCCCUUGAGAAAGCAAGUGAUUAUUAAGGAAAAAUUGCCGUUCCCCUCGGGCAGUGCUACAGCCACGUUGAUCUCGGUCUUGCAUGGCACGGACAUAUACGAGGAUGAAAGCGAUGAAGAAUUGGACCAAACCAAAAAGGACCCAGAAGAACAGCCAGAGGAAGAAGAAGAAGAAGUCGAUUAUCGACUUACUCAACAAACGUCCACUUCACAGCUUCUAGAGCCAUCAAACUACAAAUCCAACAUGGCCUCACUAAUCGUGACAUUCACGAUAUCGGCGAUAUAUACAUUAGCCUCGUAUUUCUUCCCCAUACUCAAGAAACUACCCAUUUUCGGAACAUGGGCUUCGAACAACUAUGGCUGGAAUUUCCAACCGUCUCCAGCUUAUAUUGGCCAAGGCAUAAUCAUGGGGUUGCCCACUGUCUCCUACAUGUUGUUCGGUGCCAUACUAGGCUGGGCCAUCCUCGCACCCUUGUCCCACCAUAUGGGAUGGGCCCCGGGCGAAAUUGACGACUGGGUAAAUGGAGGCCAGGGCUGGAUAUUGUGGAUAAGUUUGAGCAUGAUGGUGUCAGACUCGCUCGUUUCCUUUAUUGUGCUAAGUAUAAAGUCGAUAAACUCGUUUGUUAGUGAUUUCAAGAGAAGGCAAUCGGCGUCGCACCACACGAUGGAACUUCAGCGAUCACUCGUUGCAAACAGCGCCCCAAUUGAUGGAAGUGGAGGUGAUGGCGACGGCGACGGAGGCAACGACUCCACUAAUGAUGCCACUACCACAAAUACCACUACAUCAGAUACACUUUACUACAAAAGUAACAACCCCCUCCAGGAACCGCUCCAGAAGGCAGUAGAAGUGCCAGCAAACUGCCUCAUCUCAAACAAAGUCGCCAUCGUGGGCACAAUCCUCUCCUCAAUCCUAUGCAUCGCAACGCUCCACUGGAUAUUCGGCGACUUGAUCCCCAUCUACGCCUCAUUAACCGCGAUCCUCCUCGCUAUGCUCUUUAGUGUCUUGGCAACUCGAACAUUAGGCGUCUCAGACAUCAACCCCGUGAGCGGCAUCGGCAAACUUUCCCAGUUGAUAUUUGCUCUUAUAAUCCCCUCGAACCACCCAGCCAAAGUCUUGAUCAAUUUGAUCUCUGGUGGCGUAGCCGAGGCCGGGGCACAACAAGCAGGCGACUUGAUGCAAGACCUCAAAACGGGCCACAUGGUAGGCGCUUCCCCUAAGGCGCAAUUCAUCGCGCAAGUCAUCGGCACCAUAUACUCCGUCUUCCUAAGCUCCAUCAUGUACCGCGUGUACAUGUCUGUGUACACCAUCCCCAACGACAUUUUCCGCAUCCCCACUGCAAUCAUAUGGAUAGAUUGCGCCCGGUUAGUCACGGGUGACGGAUUGCCACCGCACGCAAUGGAAUUUUCAAUUGCAUUCGGGGUGGUGUUCGCUAUAAUCUCGUUGUUGAAAAACACGGUGCUGCAAAACUCACAAUACUACAAGCACCUCGUGUGGUUGCCGAGCGGAGUUGCCGUGGGCAUUGGAAUGUACAACACGCCCAACUUCACCCUCGCGAGAUUCAUCGGCGGUCUCAUUGCGAACCACUGGUCACGCUUGAGCAGCAGAGGAAGAAUCGGCAUGAUUAUCUUUAGCAGUGGCUUGGUUCUAGGGGAGGGUUUACUCAGCGGGUUCACCAUGUUGCUUACAAGCUUAGGUGUCAAACAUUUUUAG